GACCCGCGUGGUAUGCCGAUCUUCAAUUAGCCCAUGGAUCGUCAAUAAGAAGUAGGGCAGCUAGUGCUGGGAAUUUAGGGAUAUGCGUGAUAGAUCACGUUGCGCUGACUCGACUCCGACCCCGCUUCUCUGUCGAUCCUCCCUUUCCCCUGAUCAAAGCACUCGAUCGCUCCACGAUAUUUCCAACCACAGACUAGCAGAGAUAGACUAUGUCUCUUUCCGGAUCUGGGUCCCCGCCAGCUGCCCAAAAUAACGGCGGGCUUUUUGGAAAUUCGAAUACCAACAAUGCACAGACAACCACGACCACAACUUUUUCGUUCGGAACUCCAGCGGCAUCUCAUUCACCUGCUCCAAACAGCAACAAUGCACAGACAGGACAAUCUACUCUUGCCAUGAGACAUGGUGGUUUCAGCUCAGCAUCAACUGCAACUCAAAAUACCCCAGAACCAGACAACACGAAGAUCAAGCGUUCUGGCUGCGUGAGCACACCUCUAUUUCCAACCGAUAUAAACGAACCAGAUCCAAAUGGAGACGUUACUCUGAUCGUCACGCCUCGUAAAAAACCGCAAGGUUUAUUUUCAGAUAUACAAAGCGCCAAUCCAACCGAGCAACCGGCAACUCGUUUUAGGGUAUCGUCCAGACAUUUGAUGCUGGCAUCGACAUACUUCGAGGGCAGAUUGAGUACUCGAUGGCCCGAAGGCGAGGAACUCAAAAAUAAAGGCUCCGUGGAACUGCAAAUCCCUGAUGCCGAUCCGGAUGCGUUUUUGAUCAUCUUGAACGUCAUACACGGUCGCCUAAAUCGGGUCCCUCGAGUUGUGACUUUAGAAACACUUACGGAGGUGGCCAUUUUGACCGAUUAUUUCCAAUGCCAUGAGCCGCUUGGCCUUUUCCCAUCGAAAUGGGUGGACUCGUUGAGGAGCCCUGUCCCUAGACCAAUAUAUUUGGGUGGCUUAAAUUGGAUUUUAAUUUCCUGGGUCUUUGGUAUCGAUGAUAUUUUCACAUCAUCUACAAAAUUUGCGCAACGCCAGCUUACUAGAAACCUGACUGGAAAUGAAUUUGAGCUUCCAAUCCCCGGAAAUAUUCGAGGUUCGUGACCGUAAACCUACGAGUUUUUGUCUGUCGGCAUAUUGACGACUUUUAUAGAUGGCAUCAACAACGCACGGAUGAAGGCUAUUUCAAUGAUAUAUGAAUAUCUUGAUAAAGGCUAGCAGGAAUUAGAGAAUGGAACCUUUUGCGGAUAUGAAUGUGACUGCGCACAAUUAGGGGCUCUCUUCAAGCAACGGAAGCAGCAACACCUUUGUUACCCAGCCAAGGAACUAGGAUACAUCUCUCACUCCGUCGAUAAUCUUAUCUCUGAUAUCUCCUCAUUUAGAUACCCCAAAUGUGUUCAAAAUCGAUUGUAUUC